AACGGGCCCGGCUCUGCUUUCAAUUACGUCCUCAGACAGUAUUUAACUCCGUGUGACUUCAGCAGUGAACGUCAUUGUGCAGAAGAAUCUGAGCAGUGAAAAUGAGCGGAAGAGGCAAGGGAGGAAAAGGACUCGGUAAAGGAGGCGCCAAGCGUCACCGCAAAGUUCUCCGUGAUAACAUCCAGGGAAUCACCAAACCCGCUAUCCGCCGUCUGGCUCGCCGUGGUGGAGUGAAGCGUAUCUCCGGUCUGAUCUACGAGGAGACCCGCGGUGUGUUGAAGGUGUUCCUGGAGAAUGUCAUCCGUGAUGCCGUCACCUACACCGAGCACGCCAAGAGGAAGACUGUGACCGCCAUGGAUGUGGUGUAUGCUCUCAAGAGGCAGGGCCGCACUCUGUACGGCUUCGGAGGUUAAACAUUGACUAUGUAUUACUGAAAAUCAAAGGUCCUUUUAAGGGCCACCCACAUUAAUUUGAAGAGCUCGUUUUCUGUUAUGAUUCUCGACCCUAGGCCUGCUACUCUAUAGGUCAGCGUCCGGUGAACUGGCCAAACACGCUGUGUCUGAGGGCACCAUGGCCGUCACCAAGUACACCAGCUUCGA